AUGGCUCCUUCUUUCUCUCGUGUCUCAUCCGGAGCUCUGCUCCUUGCUCUCGCUUACAAUGCGCAGCCCGUGAAAGCCGACUUCUGGGAAGAUGUCGACAACUGUGAGCUUGUGCUCAAUGAUCUUCCAUCGGACAUUACCACGGACUUUUGCCACGAUUGGACUUAUGGUCAUGAGCCUGAGGACGAGUAUGUGACAGUGACUGGAUAUCCGGUCACUGUUACUGAAUACCCGGAGGCAAAGACCUGCGACGAUGAAGGCUACACGACAACUACCAAGGAUGGCUACCAGACAACUACCAAAGAUGGCUACCAGACAACUACCAAAGAUGGCUACCAGACAACUACCAAAGAUGGCUACCAGACAACUACCAAGGAUGGCUACCCCACGUCCACCCAAUACCCAUCCUAUGAGAUGUCCAAGGGCUACGAGUCAACCAAUACAACUUCAGAGGGCUCCAAGACUACGGAGGUGCCUGAUGAGAGCACGGAAGUGCCCGACGAGAGCACCAAGGUGCCUGAUGAGAGCACGGAAGUGCCUGACGAGAGCACCCAGGUCCCAGACGAGAUGACGAAGGCUCCAGACCAGCCAACCGACGUUCCAGAGGGAGGCUGGGAUGCCACCGUGACUAGCACUGUCUACACCACCUACUGGACUACCUCUACUGUGUACCCGGAUGCGUACCCCACUCCGGCACCCUACCGUCGCCAUGCUCGCCAGCUCAAUACACGCCAGCUCGACGACCGUGCUGCCUGGUGUGUUGAUAGGCCCUGUCGUCUUGUGCCAUACGAUGAUGGUACCAUCGUCGAAGCUUGCAAGAAGUACCUGGGUUUGAUCCCCGAGACUAAGACUGUCGAUGUUCCCGGAUACACUAUCACCGUGAAUAGCUACCCUACCGACUGCAAGAAGAAUGAUGAUGGCUACAAGCCAGACCCUGUCCCCGCUUACCCGACUGAGGACGACAACAGCUAUGAGUCCGACCCUUACCCAACUGAGACUCCUGAGUAUGAUCCUUACCCGACCGAGACCCCCGAGUAUGAUCCCUACCCAACGGAGACUGCUGAAUACGAUCCCUACCCAACGGAGACUCCUGAAUACGAUUCCUACCCGACUGAGACCACUGAAUAUGAUUCCUACCCAACGGAGACUCCUGAAUACGAUCCUUACCCGGCCGAGGAGCCUGAGUAUGAUCCGUACCCCACCGAGGAGCCCGAGUAUGAUCCGUAUCCCACCGAGGAGCCUGCUCCUUACCCCGAGGAUGACUACAACGAUGACAGCUACGACAACGGCGGCUACGAAGAUGGCAACUACGAUGAUGGAAGCUACGACGAUGCUCCAAGCUACGACGAUGCCCCAAGCUACGACGAUGCUCCAAGCUACGACGAUGCUCCAAGCUACGACGAUGCCCCAAGCUACGACGAUGCCCCAAGCUACGACGAUGCCCCAAGCUACGAUGAGGGCAACUACGACGAUGGCAGCUACGACGAUGGCUCCGAUUACGAGCAGCCGGGAGAAAGCGACAUCGACAACAACUAUUCCGGCCCCGAUGGCCCCAAGCCAUGGGAUGACGCAGACCAGACCAGCGAGCUCGCCGACGCCAUCGAAGCCGGCGGUUACGACAGCGCCGCGGAGCAGCUUGGUCUUGACAAUGCGCCCUGGAAUGCCCUCCCCGUAGAUUACCUCGACAACUCUGGUGGCGAGUACAAGCGCAGGAGCGCCGAUUAUGGCACAGACGACAGCUAUGGUCAGGAAGAUGGUGUUGACUGCGAUGAGGAGAUGACUUCUCUUCAUUCUUACCCAACUGAGGACUCCUCCGCCUACACAGAAGAUAGCUACCAGCCUGACGAGGAUAGCUACCAGCCGGAGGUACCUUCUUCAGAUAGUUAUCCCGUUAACAAGUCUUACGAUGACUCCUACGAGCCAGAGUACGAGGGCGACGACUACGUACCUGAUUACUACCCGGAAGCCGACGGUCCCUCGGACUACUACCCCUCGGAGUCGUACAGUGAGGAUGGCGUCGACUACUAA